AUUCAUUUUAUGCAAAACAGUCGAGGUCUAGACAACGAUCAAUACAGAUCUAUUAUAUGUAUACAGAUAUACUACAAUCAAAAUAAAUCCAUGAUCAGAAGGGUUGAAAAUAAGUAAUACACGGGAAAUUUAACGGCAAACAAAGAAUUUAAAUUUAUAAACAAAAUGAAACUACAAGAAUGUGGAUGGGCUGGUCUGGGCUUUUUACUAUUCACAAUUGUAUUAAUAUCUACACCUGAAAAUUCCUCAUCGUUUGCUGUGGAAACUGUUGUUGCUGCAAUUGCAGCGGUUAAAGACAUUAUUAGCAUAAUUAAAGAUGUCAAAGAAACAGUUUCAGAGGCCUGGUCAUUUGCCGAAAAUAAUAAUCAAGGAUCAAAUAAUAAUUUACCCCUGAUUCUAAGACGUUUCAAUGAAGUUGGCAAUAAUAUCAGUUAUAUUGAAAAUAAGCAUUCUGAACCAGUUAAUAAUUUCAUUAAUUUACAAUUGGUGGCAAAACAUAAUGAUAUUACCAAUACCAUUAAUGCUAUUACAGCACGUUUUCAGGAAAUGCAAGAAUAUGCUGUCCAUUUGGAUAAUAUCGAGCCGUCGACAUUGAUGUCAUUUGCCGAAUGGACUGCUUCGCCAAAUGGUUUUUCGGUUUAUCAUUUAAUGGAUCGUUUACAUUUGACUAUGUUCGGUUCAGAUGAUAAGGCUAAUAGACCGAGUUCAAAUAUUUUUGAUAUGUUGAUUUCAAGUUAUGGGAAAGCGGAAAAAUGUUUAAAUCAACAAUCUACCCAACAAUUUAUAUAUUCAUUGUACACGGAUAUUGCUCUAACGGAACUUAAAGCAUACAUAAUGUUAGAAUUCUCCUGGAUAAUCUUAAGAGCCUACGGCAAGGGAAAUUUCACACAAGAAGCUGAAAUUAUGCGUAAAAAUUAUGAAAAGCGUUCGGAAAAAACUGUGCGCCGUUUACAUGAGGUAAUGGAUCGUGCCGAUCGUAUUGUUUGGCGUUGUGAUCCCGAGCGAUAUGUUGAGGGUAAAACAUACGAACAAGUGACUCGGCUAUUACAGGCUUACAUUGAGAAUGAAGUUGAUAUGAGUUCGAGUCGCGAUUGUAUGCAAUCAUGUUCGGCUUAUGGACGUACUAAGAAUGAGGGUUGUUAUAUGGAUCAGUUUUGUGCUAAACAAGAACGUUGCACGGGUCAAAUACAUGAUUGUUAUUAUGCUAGUGGGUAUAUAACAGCGUGUCCUUCGGCCCUUGAUAGUCUUCGUCGUUAUGAAUAUGUUAAAUAUGAUGAAGUAACUCUUGGAUAUAACUAUUACUGUCAACGUGGUGAAGCAGAGGCCAAUUCAUGGAUGCGUUAUGUAUUUUGGGAGUGCAGUUAUUGUAUAUGCCUUUGUGAUGAUCAGAACAGUAUCAAAACAGAUCGUUAUUUCAAUUUACGAGAAACUCUUUCAAAUGUCAAUGACAAUAAGGUUGUGACCGGUUUACGUUUUACUAAAGCAAAUCGUGUAUUUCAUUUGCAAAUACAAGAGGGUCAACUUUUGCCCAGAGGUAUGAUAAAUGAAUCAACUUUAGCCUGGAAACGAGUAGAUAAUUAUACACUCUAUGAAAGAGGAGUUUUACCUAAUCAAGAUUAUUUUACCUUAACUUAUGAUGCUCGUUCCAUUGAUUUGGAUAAUAUAGAAACUUUUGAUGAGAAUUAUGUGGUGACAGGUGUACGUUUUCAGCUUUUGCACUCACAUUUGAAUUUACAAGCCAGAUUAAGUAAAUUUGAUUUUGAAACGGGUCAAUUGCUUAGUCCACAGGAAAAUAGUUAUUGGAAAAUUAACGAUAUAAGUGAAUUUAGGAGAAAUGAAAUUGUUCUUCGUGAUCGUGAUAUACCCAUACGUUCUGCUGGCAAAUCAGAACCAGAUUCUGUUAAUAAUCAAUAUUUGAAAUUUUCCGUUUCUAGUUUGGUAAAAGAUGUCUCUCAAACUAAUAUACCUUUUAUAGACAUACAAGAUGUUGUAUCAAAACCUCCUGUGCCUUUGGCUGGUAUUGGUAUUUAUCACAAAAGUAGACAAGGUUAUGGUGGAUUUUUAGCUCCAAAACUUAUGACUUAUGAUUUUGCUCCGCAUAUUUAUACAGCUAGUAAAAAUUAAAUUAAGCUUUUUUGUAUAUAAUGCUUUCUAUGUAAAAGACUCUAUAGAAAGACCUUUUAAUCUCUAAGCAAAAAAAAAAAACUUAGAAAGUAAUCAUUUAAAUGUAAUAUUUUUAAUAAAAAUUUAUUAACGUUACA